AUGUUCGUGUCUGAUCUCGCAAGAGUACCUUCCAAAAAUAUUAACAUGGAAGGAAACGAUGAUUCUGACGAAGUAGAUGAUCCAUUAAAUUUCGCAAAUGAUAAUUUUAUCACACCUUCGCAUAGUAAAACGCCGAAACCCUGGAAUUCCUAUAGUGAAGGUUAUUCAUCAAAGCAUGGGAAAGAUGCUUAUACAAGCAAUAGCAGCUCACGUAUUUUCAAUUCGGAAUGUUCGAAGACCGGAUUGAGACAUAGUAGUAGUUCGAUCAAUUCGUUUUCGGAUUGUACAACUUUUAAUACGACCAGUACUCAUAAGCAUAGUAAUAGUUUCGGGAGCAAUGUUAAAAAGGAGGAAUUGGUGAAGAAACUUCAACCCGCU